AUGCAAUGGUACCUAGCUCAAGUUUACCCUGCUUCCAAAGUUUCUUCUCUGAACCACACAUUACCUGAAGAUGCCACGGUACUAACAUUUAAUUUACCUUGCCCUCAAGAUUCUUUACCAAGCUACAUUUCUCCCCUUGCCGCACAAACACCAAGCCCACCGAGCACGGCUACACCGAGCCCCGCAAUGCCAACCCCCUCUCCAUCUACAAAGCUGAGGCUCAAAGUCGGCUACUACAAGCGCUCAUGCCCACAAGUAGAAAAUAUCAUCAGGGCGGCCGUCAGGAGUGCCACGUCAAAGAACCCCGGCAUUGGUGCAGGGUUAAUUCGAUUACACUUCCAUGAUUGCUUCGUCCAGGGUUGUGAUGCAUCCGUCCUCCUCGAUCCGACACCGACAAACCUGCAGCCGGAGAAACUCAGCCCUCCCAAUGUCCAAAGCCUCCGUGGCUUCGAAGUGAUCGACUUAGCAAAGAAGGCACUUGAGAAGGUGUGCCCUGGUAGGGUCUCAUGUGCCGACAUCAUCGCCUUGGCUGCCAGAGAUGCAUCUUUAUUUCUAAGUAGUGGAAAGAUCAAUUUCCAGAUGCCGGCGGGACGCCUCGAUGGUCGUGUGUCCCUCUCCAGCGAGGCACUUCAAUUCCUUCCCCCACCGUUCUCCAACCUCUCGCAGCUCAUCAACAACUUCAAGGCCAAGAACCUGGAUGAGGACGACCUUGUGGUGCUCUCUGGCGCUCACUCCAUUGGAGUGUCCCACUGCUCGUCCUUCACUGGUUUUCUCGCACCAAACCCUCCCGCCAUGGACCCGGCCUUCGCUGCCAAAAUUCAGAGCAAGUGUGCAUUGAGGCCGAACGUAUCCAGCGACCCCACGGUGAUGCAAGAUAUCAUGACACCCAACCAGCUAGACAGCCGGUACUACACGAAUAUUCUCAAGCGCAACGUGCUCUUCGCCUCUGACGCGGCGCUAUUAUCGUCGCAGCGGACGACAAUAAAGGUGCUAGAGAACGCGUUUAUACCCAGCAGGUGGGAGAUGAAGUUUGCGAAGGCGAUGGUCAAGAUGGCUGCCAUAGAGCUCAAGACCGCUGCCAAUGGGGAGAUCAGGAGGAUGUGGGGUCAUUAA